CAGCUGCGCGUCGUGGCUUCUCGCACUGCGUUCCGGGAGACAGCGAGGCGGUGCUGGUUGCGGUGGUCGUUGUGCAGGCCAGGAGCGAGGACGGUGAGCGGCAUGGCGGGGCGUGGCGAGGGGAACGAUGCUGCGACGGUGGGGGUGGUUACCGGCGGCGUGGAGGACGCCUACGGCGAGGACCGCGCCACCGAGGACCAGCCCAUCACGCCGUGGGCCGUCUGCGUCGCCAGUGGGCACUCUCUGCUGAGGGAUCCACGGCACAACAAGGGACUCUCGUUCACGGAGAAAGAACGGGACGCGCACUACCUGAGGGGGUUGCUGCCUCCAGUAGUCCUGCCUCAAGAACUUCAGGAGAAGAGGCUGCUGCAAAACAUGCGGCAGUUCCCGGUCCCUCUGCAGCGUUACAUGGCUCUGAUGGACCUUCAGGAGAGGAAUGAGAGGCUUUUCUACAAGCUCCUGAUCGACAACGUUGAGGAAUUGCUCCCUGUCGUGUACACACCGACGGUGGGUGAGGCUUGCCAGAAGUACGGAUCGAUCUUUAGACGACCACAGGGUUUGUACAUCAGUCUUAAAGAAAAGGGGAGAAUAUUGGAGGUACUGAGGAACUGGCCAGAGAAGAGCAUUCAGGUUGUUGUCGUUACUGAUGGUGAGCGCAUUUUAGGUCUUGGGGAUCUUGGUUGCCAGGGUAUGGGAAUUCCUGUGGGGAAGCUUGCACUAUACACAGCCCUUGGAGGUGUCCGGCCUUCUGCCUGCUUACCUAUCACAAUUGAUGUGGGAACAAACAAUGAGGAUUUACUAAAGGAUGAAUUCUACAUUGGAUUAAGACAAAAAAGAGCCACUGGCCAGGAAUAUAGUGAUCUUCUGAAUGAAUUCAUGGAUGCUGUUAAGCAGAACUAUGGACAGAAGGUUCUAGUCCAGUUUGAAGACUUUGCAAACCACAAUGCAUUUACCCUUCUUGAGAAGUACCGUGCAAACAAUCUUGUCUUCAAUGAUGAUAUUCAGGGAACAGCUGCUGUGGUGCUUGCAGGCCUCAUUGCUGGUCAGAAGUUUGUCGGUGGGACUUUAGCUGAUCACACAUUCUUAUUCUUUGGUGCAGGAGAAGCUGGUACAGGCAUUGCUGAACUAGUGGCCCUCGAGAUAUCAAAUCAGUCCAAAAUUCCAGUGGAAGAGGCUCGCAAAAAGAUCUGGCUACUUGAUUCAAAGGGAUUGAUUGUCAGUUCACGUAAAGAUUCUAUUCAGCCUUUUAAGAAGCGAUAUGCGCAUGAGCAUGAACCAGUCAAAAAUCUAUUGGAUGCUGUCAAGGCUAUCAAACCAACUGCAUUGAUAGGUUCAGCUGGUGUGGGUCAAAGUUUCACAAAAGAGGUGAUUGAGGCUAUGAGUUCAAUUAACGAGAGACCAAUCAUACUCGCACUAUCCAAUCCAACAUCACAAUCUGAAUGUACUGCUGAGCAAGCAUAUUCAUGGAGUAAGGGUCGUGCAAUUUUUGGGAGUGGAAGUCCAUUUGAUCCAGUGAAAUACAAUAACAAGCUUUUUGUGCCAGCACAGGCAAACAAUGCAUAUAUAUUCCCAGGAUUUGGCCUAGGCGUGGUGAUUUCAGGAGCGAUAAGGGUGAAAGAUGAAAUGAUCCUUGCUGCUGCUGAAGCCUUAGCUGACCAGGUGACCCCAGAUCAUAUUGACAAAGGCCUGAUCUAUCCGCCAUUUUCCUGCAUCAGGAAGAUAUCAGCCAACAUCGCAGCUCGCGUUGCUGCAAAAGCAUAUGACCUUGGAUUGGCUAGCCAUCUCCUUCGCCCAAAAGACUUGGUGAAUUACGCUGAGAGCUGCAUGUACAGCCCCGUCUACCGUUCUUACAGAUGAAGUGGCGCUCUGCUCACCUGACGCAUAGUGUACAAGCUUCAUUAGGCUACAGUACGCCGGCUUGUGUUAAUAAUUUGCAGUUGGACCUAAAUCGUACCGACAUAUCAUGUUAUCCGUGGACUAUGCUUGUGCAUAUUUCUCCUCUCAUUGUGUAAUAAAUUAUAUCUAUGUCAUUACAAAUUUGACUAUUUUAAAUAAUAUUACUAUGCUAUUACAAUUUUAG